GCCCCCUCGCGGAUUGCUUCCUCUUUCCGCCAGAACGCUGAUGUGUUACUAACUUUGUCACUAACUUCACUCUCCAACGCGGCUAAAAUGUGGCAUUUCGGUUCCAAAGUGGCGCUGCUUCUCCUCUUGGCUUUCCCAUGCGGGCUGCUAUCCAUCAGUCCAGUGUCGGCGGACUCGGACUCUGCCGAGGAUAUUGACCCAGAUGCCUCCGUGGAUGAAGAGGAGGAGGAGGACGAAGAAGGGAUACUGGUGGAAGAAGACCAGGUCCAAAGCACGGAAGGAGACGCUGAAGAUGACGCUGAAGCCGAUGAUAAAACCUUGACGUCUCACCCUGAUGCCGACACCACCAUCGUUUUCACCACGGGAGAAGAGUUCUUUGCCAAUGAGAUUGUGAAAUUCCUGGUGGGGUUGACCAACAAGGGCAGUCAGGAGUUCAACGUUCAGUCCUUGGAGGCCUCCUUCCGUUACCCCCAGGACUUCCAGUUCUACAUUCAGAAUUUCACAGCGUUGCCUCUGGACACGGUGGUUCAUCCUGCUGCUCAAGCCACCUUCGAGUACUCCUUCAUCCCAGCCCAGCCCAUGGCCGGGCGUCCUUUUGGUCUGGUCAUCCUCCUCAACUACCUUGACGCGGAGGGCACCGUGUUCCAGACCGCCAUUUACAACCAGACUGUCACCAUCACUGAGAGAGAAGAAGGACUGGAUGGUGAAACAGUUUUCCUGUACAUCUUCCUUGCUGGACUGCUGGUCCUGAUGCUCUUUGGAAUGUACCAGGUGCUGGAGUCACGGACGAAAAGAAGAAUGCCAGUGAAGAUCGAGAAAGGCACGGGUGGCAUGAACGAUGUGGACAUCAGCUGGAUUCCCCAGGAGACUCUCAAUGUCAUGAACAAGGCCUCCCCCAAGACCUCCCCCCGGAAACGAACCAAGCGGGCAGCCGGAGUGGACCAAUAGAAGUCAAG